UUGAAGACGCAGCUGAUGCAACAGUGGACGGAGAUAACGCCGGCGUCAGGGUCGGAUCGCUGUAGGCCGCAGGAAAACAGCUCAGAGGAAGAAGCCCCAUCUCUUUUUCAUAAAGCCAGUCAGACUGUUUAUACCCCGAUAGAUUAACCGGUACCAAUAUGCCUGUCAUCAGAACCCUCAGCAAGGUGGCCAAGCAGGCCCUGCUCAGCACCCCAGGGUGUGGCUGCCAGCCCCUGGCAGUGGCUGUGCGCAGUAUCAGCUUCUCGCCUCGACAGGUGACGUCCGAUGCCAGCUUCCACUCUGUGUCCUUCUCAGAGACGGACCACCCCAAGGUGCUCAUUACAGGUGGCCUCGGUCAGCUCGGGGUGGGGCUCGCCAAAUUGCUGAGGAAGAGGUUUGGAAAGAACAAUGUCAUUCUGUCUGACAUAAGGAAGCCUCCAAGCAACGUUUUCCACAGUGGCCCCUUCAUCUACUCAGACAUCCUGGACUACAAGAACCUGCGGGAGAUUGUGGUGAACAACCGCAUCACUUGGCUGGUUCACUACAGCGCUCUCCUCAGUGCGGUCGGAGAGGCUAACGUGGCCCUGGCGCGUUCUGUCAACAUCACAGGGCUGCACAACAUCCUGGACAUCGCCGCGGAGCACGGCCUGCGUCUGUUUGUCCCCAGCACCAUUGGUGCCUUCGGGCCUACCUCACCGCGCAACCCUACACCAGAUCUCUGCGUGCAGAGACCCCGCACCAUCUAUGGUGUCUCCAAAGUCCAUGCUGAGCUGAUGGGAGAGUACUACCACCACCGCUACGGCCUGGAUUUCCGCUGUCUCCGCUACCCAGGAAUCAUCUCUGCUGACUCCAUGCCGGGGGGCGGCACAACAGACUAUGCCGUCCAGAUUUUCCACGACGCAAUCAAAACCGGCAAGUUUGAGUGCAACUUGAAAGCCGACACGCGGCUGCCCAUGAUGUACAUUGACGACUGCCUCCGCGCCACGCUGGAGGUGAUGGAGGCGCCGGCUGACACGCUGAGCAUGAGGACCUACAACAUCAAUGCCAUGAGCUUCACCCCCGAGGAGCUGGCCCAGGAGCUCCAGAAGCACGUGCCCGAGCUGGAGGUCACAUAUGAUGUUGACCACGUCAGACAGGCAAUUGCUGACAGCUGGCCAAUGAACUUCGACGACUCCAACGCACGGAAAGACUGGGGCUGGAAACACGAUUGCGAUCUGCCGGAGCUCGUCCAGACGAUGCUCAACUACUUCGGUGCAGAAACGCGCAUGGCUCGCGCCAACUGAGGGAGCACAUCAUCAGUCUAAGCAUUCUUUGUACAUAAUGUAUAGAUUGACCAAAGAGAGAACAGAGGAACAUGGCCUGUAUGUAGACGUUCUCUCACUUCUCUCUGUAAAAUAAGAAGGGCUCUGCUUGCCUGACCUGAUAAGGUCGUUGCGGGCUAGACAAUCCUCCCCGCUCCCGUCUAUCUACCCCUGCUUCGCUCUCUUUCCGCUUUUUCUACUUGGAGACUUGGGCAAAGAGCAGUCUGUCAGUGGUCGGUUGUCAGCAGUGCCAGGGACGACAGCGUACCCUGUGAAAAGUUGUUUGGAAAAAAAACAAAAAAAAAAACAUGACUUGCAUGUUGAUGAAUUGCGCAAAAUUUUUGCAAUGUUUUCUGGGCAAAAAUCAGGUUCAACAGGAAAUGUUGCAUUGUGUUUUUCUUUAGAAAUUUCUACCAGUUUUUCUUUAGAAAUCCAAAUUGGUCAGGGUUUUUUUUGUCUGCUAAAUUUCCAUGGAUGUCAAAACUCAAAUAUUCAGGGACUUAAGCACUUGGGUAUCAAAUCAAGUAACUUUAGAUUGGAGGGUAUUCAAAUACACAAGUUGUGUCCUUUGCACUUUAGAUGGAUCUCUAUCUUAAAAUUACUGAAAGGUAUUUGGGCCUGUAAGGGCGAUUUCUGAUACAGUGCAACUGUAUCGCGAGCUGUGCGGAGCGAUAAUUCUUAAGAAUUGUUAUGUUUAUUCCACAUAACAUUAUUUAUUCUGUCUGUUGGUGUUAAAUGUGUGGGUGCUUCAUCAAGUGAAAGCGUUUCUUUACACUUUUUGUUUUCUAAGUGUUCCUGUCCACUUCUAUGUUUUAAUAUUUUUUUUUUUCAUCAACUCCGUGGGAUAUACUUUGACACAAAGGGGAAAUGUGACACUUUACGUCACAUUUACAUUUAGCCACAUUUGGUGGUUCCUGUAUUUUAACUUUCUGGAAAGGAAUUGUUGAAAUUGGUUUCUUACGUGAAAGUGUUAGCGAGUACUGUCUGCCUUUCAAAUACACAACAAGCUUUGACAAUUAAAAGUUUUCCACAUA